AUGCAAGUUUUCCUCGGAUAUUUGUUCCUUUACUUAGUCUUUGUUUCUUUCUACUUUGAGAAAUUUGGUGUCUCCGCUCGUACCACUACUAUCACGGAUGCGGAUUCAAGCUCACCACAAAUUCAAUUUAAUGGACAAUAUCCACCCAUAAACCCAUCAUGUAAAGCUCUUCCAAUAGCAAAAGAAACUUGGAAUCAACUGAAGUUAAAUGACCAUCUCAAGCAGUUCCCUGGUGGUGAUAAAAUGAACUUGGUACAAUAUGCUACAAAACUCAACAUGACCAACUUUGUCUGUGGUAUCGGAGGAGCUUGCCAUGCCGGACAACCUUGUUAUCCGCUCGAAACACCUGAUUGGUACAUUUUAUUUGCGGUUCAACAGUGGAACUCUUACAUGAAUGUCUACUAUGAAGCAGUGGGCUAUGGAAUCGCGAUUGUUCAAUCAAGUCUCAACGCAUUGAUCGCCUCACUCUUUCCGGCAAGUGACACCACAGCCAUUCGGAACGUCAAGGCAAACCUUGGAAUCCAGGCAUCCUUGUCCCAAGUGACCGGAACAGUGAUGAUGGAUGUCAUGCUGGCUUUUGGUUCAACAUCUGGGCCUUGGUUUGCUUUGUUUGAUUUCCUGAAUUUUAUCAUGACCGCUGCACAAGGAGUCGCCGCAUUCGCAAUACAAGAACCGCCAGCGCCCCUCCAAGAUGGUUUUUUUCAGUGGUCAAACACGGCAUACUAUCUUUCUAAAUACGAGGAAGUUAUUCACAAGCAGAUAGCUGAAGAGGGCAAAAAGAGGAUUGCCGCCGGAAUCAGCACCAAUCAAGGUAUAUUUGGGGUUGUCAAGGAUGGAAAUUUCAUAGAACCAGAAAAUUUUCCAUCGCUCCCUGAUCUUGAAGAACAGAUUCGGAAACUUACUUCAGCGUUGGGUUUGAACAUGCUGUUACAUUCAAUUAAUGCAUUCAUAACGGUCGGCUCAGAUCCCUGCACUGACAAAGGGAAAAACGGCGCCUGGCCCGAAGGAACACACCUUUCAUGGUGUGACAAACCUGAUGGAACGAUGCAUAAUAUAGUAAUUGCAAAAGAUGGCAAGACAUACAAUGAGAUCAAUAAUGCUGCUCUCAUAAAUGAUUAUUUUGGGAUUGGUACUGAGUUGAUUGUGACUUCAUCAAUCAAAUGUCAAAAUAUGAACAAAGGUUGGAACUAUGUUCCAUGGUCACAAGACAAGGGAGCAUUGCCUAAAGCACCAGACUCAGACUGUGUCUUUAAUCUUCCUGUAUGCUACACUCAGGAUGGUGAUGUGCAUAAAAAGAUCCACAAGAAAAAGUGGACAACUGCCCGAGCUUGUAAGCAUGCUGGCCUUCCCCUGGAGUAA